AUACUACUACUAGUACUAUUAGUAAACCUAGCCGAGAAGUAUAAAGUGAAAAGGAACGAGAAACAUGCUCGGUCCCAUGAGAAAAAAGGAAGGAAUUGAAAAAUUGCCGACCUACCCGUAGCAAGGAAUCAUUCUUCAACACAUCCACAUCGUGCCACUCGCAACUAGCAUCCGAACACGUCUCAAUCACCAGGCCAACUACACCCCGGCAUACGCUGCGGCAUCCUCCUGAAGCUUUUGCAGCUGGGCCUGGAACAUCCCCUCGUUGUAUCCGUUCUUCGUGGGGUUUCGUCGGCAAAUAGACGUGUUUAGUCCAAAGGUCGCAAACGAAAGCCACAGACCGUAGGGGACCAGCAAAAAGGCCGCCACGGGGUCCACCGCGUGGAAGAGUGGAAUGAUCGCGGCCAGGGAACCCACCAGCAGGUAGCUGAUGACCAGCCCGAGCCGGAACCGCUGGAGGCCAAAAAAGACCGGGGCCCACGCCACGUUCACGGCCAUGUGGCCGAGCCAGAGCUGGACCAAGGGGCUGCCGAACGGAGAGGCCGACGCCGAUGCCUUGGAGAUCCUCGACACCGCCAACCCCAUGCACGUGUACAGCGUUGUCCAUACCGGACCAAACAGCCUGUCCGGGGGCGUCCACGACGGGAGAUCGAUCUUGCGGUACCAGCCGCCCUCCUUGGUUCCGUUGAUGACAAACGGCACCCCGGUAAAGGGAAGAGUGGUGUGCCCGAGUAUCCACCAGAGAGACGCCGGAACUGCCGCCAGCUCGUGUCGAUCCCGGUUUCGAUUUCCUCCGCGGCGGACAACAUUGCCAAAGGUUCCUGCCGAUUCUCGCUGGUGGCGUGGCUGACUCGUAGUAAUGUCGACGACCGGGCGUCCGGGGUGGCUUGCUGCAAGCCGUCCCUGUGUAGGAACAAAGCCAUGGACAAUCAGUUGCUGCGUCGAGAGCAGGGUUAAUGACACGGUCAGGAUAGCAAGUGGGGACCGCAUUUGGACAGCGAGAACUCAGAAAAUCAGAUAAAGUUGUAUUCUGCUA